CUUACAAUAACUCGGCCAUGAAAAACAUGCCGUGAACAAAAUGAGAAAUCAACCAACACCCGUCCACGUUCCUCCUCACAAGCGCUCCCCGUCGUCCCUACGGGCUUUUCCCCUUUCCCUGGCUAGUCUUGACUGACAUAAUAAUUGUAACAUCUAACCCUCGCGAUACAUCGUCGGUACCCAUGGGCUGCACGGCUUCCGACAAUGCUGUUGACGUUGAUCAAAGCACUUUCUGGGACCCCAAUGGGAUACACUGGGACGCCCAUAAGAUAGGAUGGACGAUUGCGGGAUCUUGCGCUCUGCUGACAGUUUUAAUAUCUGCCAUCACGGUUGUUCAGCAUUUUAGGAAUUAUACCAAUCGUUCACAGCAGCGACAAAUUAUACGGAUAUUGUACAUGCCACCAGUCUACGCCAUUAUAUCCUUCUUCUCAUACCGCUUUUUCCGGGAUUAUACCUACUACUCUCUCAUUGAAGUUGUUUAUGAGGCCGUAACGAUCAGUGCUUUUCUUCUUCUUCUAAUUGACUAUGUCGCCUCCACGGCAACGGGACAUUCGGCUGAAAAAGCUAUCGCACGAAAAGACAAACGCCCUCUCCCUUUUCCUUUCUGCUGUUGGCGAUAUCGGCCCACUAAGGUCUACUUCAUGUACACCGUCAAGUGGUUUGUUUUACAAUAUGUCAUUAUUCGGCCCGCUGUUUCAAUAGCGGGCAUUAUCGCCCAAAGUUACGAUGUACUUUGUGAGGCGGGAGGCUUCAAUUGGCGAUUCGCCUCUGUCUGGUUAUCUGCUAUCGACUUUAUUAGUAUUAGUGUAGCCCUCUACGGGCUUCUCAUGUUCUACGGUCUUACUGCGGAUGAGCUCAAAAACCGCCGCCCACUGGCCAAAUUUUUGUCCAUCAAGUUGAUAGUGAUGUUUACUUUCUACCAAUCAUUUGUGUUCAGUGCAUUGGAAGGAAGGGUCAUCAAGGCCACAAGAUAUUGGACUGCCACAAAUAUUGCCGACGGCCUGAACGCCCUGACUAUCUGUAUUGAGAUGGUGUUUUUCGCCAUAUUGAUGUGGUGGGCGUACACUCCCGCGGAAUACCACCGAGAAGAAGGCGCCCUGGCAACGAGCAUCUGGCGACCCCUUUGGGAUUCAAUCAACUAUGCCGACUUCGCGCUUGAGAUCAUUGACUCCUUCAAAUUCUUUAUCGAUUAUGUCCUGGGCAAGCCGUCUGCUCAUGGUCAGCGUUCCGAGGAGGAGGAGGAUUCACAGGGCCCGCCUAGGAAGAAUUUUGCCGAAGCCUUCGGCAUUUCGAGUACGCGGGCACCAUCGGAGGUCCCAAAUUCUGAGGAGUAUAUCACGUUGGAUCCUAAGUCUUCGGAUCGGGAAUUCACCGCCCUUUGAGCGCUCGUUGUUCUGUCGGGUUUGGCGCUUGUUCGGAGUUAAGGCUGCUAGUGAGCAAUGCUGUGCUCAUCAGUCAUUCCUCCGAAUAUGCUCCGUGGCGGCGGGUUUCUUCGUUCGUUUUUAGACUGGACCUACCCUCUUAUAUAUCCCAUAUGCAGAUUUUUCAAUGCGUGUUGGUCUGA